AUGCUGAACGAAGCUGGUCUUCAGAGUGUCAUCGAUACAGUGGGGGAUCCUCGUUCUCGACGGCAGGUACCCUCCCAUCCUCAUGGCCGCAAGAUGAAGGGCGAUAUCCACAUCCCUGGAAUCCGCGAUCGAGGGUCUGAGCAGUACGAGGGCUUGAUGGCGGACGUGACGUUGGUCCACCCUUACAUUGGUAGCUCUGCCGACCUGACCAAGUGGGGGGAGGUCAACCUCGACGCCCUCCAUGUUGCAGCGUCUGAGAAGAUUCGCAAACAUCGCGCUGCAUAUGCUAUGACUACUCCUCCUCGAGCGUUCAUCCCUCUUGCCAUCUCGACGGACGGUACCCUGCAUCCUGACACCCUCCGCUUCAUCUGGUAUCUCGCGGACAUCAUUGCUCAGCGCUCGAUGCCUCUUGAGGAUGCGGCUCGGCGUUUGCUGACGCUGGAGGCGCUCUUGUCUGGUGCGAGGCGCAUGACGCCCUUGCGGGCGCAAGCACUUCUCGAGCCAGAGGACAGCUCCUCCUCGGACUUUGUCGAGUCGCCCGAGGAGGAGUCUUCGCCGGAGGUCUCCGACUCCGAUGGGGGAAACACGUCGAGUGGCGCCGACGAUCGGCGCGGAGCUGGCGACUCGGAGGCGUCUCCGUCCCUCACUGUGACGUCGGGUGCCUCCGGAGAGCUCGACACCCCUGGGGUGCUUGCUGCUGGUCCGAGCUCGCCUGCUUCCUCCCCGGCAUCGGUCGGGUCACGCCGGUCCUUGGGCAUUGCCGCGGCGUCGCCGCCGUCACGGGCGGCUACCACUGACUCGGCUACCGCUGACUCGGAGGCUAGCGAGGAGGACUACCUCGAGCGGUACCGUGUUCCUGUGUCCAGCCUCCCUCCGUCCGCUGCCCCAGGCGGACCCCCGGGCAGCGCCGGCUCCUUGUCGGCGGCUGCCCUUUCUCCGUCCGCGGCCGCCCGCUUUGUGGCGGCAGCGGACGUCUCGACUGACAGUGGUCAGUCGGCUGCCUCCGGGUAUCGCGUGUAA